UCUCUCUUCUCAAAACACCAUUCUACUUGUAAAAAAAAGUCCACUUCCACCCCAAAGUUUCAAUCUUUAUACCAAUUCCUCAUUUGGGUAUUCAAGAAAAUCUCAAAAAUACACAAAGCUUCAAUCUUUAUUCAAGAAAAAGCUCAAAAAACACUAUGGAAAACCACAAUCAAUCAUCUUUCUAUCAAUUCAGUGAUCAACUUCGUUUACAAAACAACAACUUAGCAAAUCUCUCUUUAAACAACGAUUCAAUUUGGAGCAACAAUUAUGGUUCCAAAAGGCCUGAAGAAAGAAGAAAUUUUGAUAUAAGAGUAGGUGGUGACCUCAACAACAACUUUACUAACAGUUCCAACAAGUCAAAUUACAAUCUUUUUAGCAAUGAUGGUUGGAAAAUCCCUGACACGGCGGCGCGUGGUGGCGCGUGCGGUGGGGUUGCUGGAAAAGGAGUAGUUGGGGUUGGUUUAAAUGGUGGGUUUAACAAAGGGGUGUAUUCAAAUCAAGUGUUGGACUUUGGUUAUAAUAAGGGUACUAACAAUAUUGCAGUUGGUACAAACAAGAAAGUUGGAGAUAAUGAAUUUGUUGUGUAUGGGGGUAAAAGUGUAAAGAAGAAUAAUAAGAGUGUUAAAGAGAGUAACAACAAGGAUGUUAAUAAUGAGAAACAAAAUAGUGUUGAUAAAAGGUUUAAGACUUUGCCACCAGCUGAAUCUUUGCCAAGAAAUGAAACAGUUGGUGGAUAUAUUUUUGUUUGUAACAAUGAUACUAUGGCUGAAAAUCUCAAAAGGGAGCUCUUUGGCUUGCCGCCACGUUAUAGGGACUCAGUUCGACAGAUAACACCUGGGUUGCCUCUUUUUCUGUACAACUACUCGACCCAUCAGCUUCACGGAGUUUUUGAGGCUGCAAGCUUUGGUGGGUCAAACAUUGAUCCGUCGGCCUGGGAGGACAAGAAGAACCCUGGUGAAUCUCGCUUUCCUGCUCAGGUUCGUGUUGUGACGAGGAAAGUUUGUGAACCACUUGAGGAGGAUUCAUUCAGGCCAAUUCUUCACCACUACGAUGGCCCUAAGUUCCGCCUUGAGUUAAAUGUUCCAGAGGCCCUUUCUCUUCUGGACAUUUUUGAAGAGAACAAGAACUAAAUGGAUGUUUAUAGUUCUUGUAUUAUAGCAGAGAAUGGAUUAUGAAGGAGAAAAACGUUGAUUAGAGAAGUGAGAGAGAAGGAUAAUAUAGAGGAGUUUGCUUCUAGUAUUAUAUACUGGAGUUUGCAGAGCAGAAAAAAAGUAUCUACUGUAUAUAUGCAACAUAUAUAUGCAGAACAUAUGAUCUGGAAAAACACUUUUUAUGUGGAGACUAAUACUAUAUAUUGUGUAAUCCAGCAGAAAUUGCUGCAUAAUAAAAAAGUGAAAUAUGAGAAACAAGUUAUAUUUAUAUUUAA